AACCCGCGAUUUUAGCCGGCGUCUACCUCUGCCCUCCUUACCCGCCAUAGCUUUGCUACAGAACCUCCUGUAUAGUCAUAUGAGUUCAAUAUUACUUUGCAACUAUUCUAAACUGAUGGAUACGCAUGGGGAAGGCAUUCUGGACAUUCGUAGUCUUGUUUCGGACUCCCUGGAUAAACUCAACCUUCUCAUGAACCAGAAAAGCUUCAAGUUUCAUGUCGAGCAAUGCCAAAGUUUGUGCACUUAUAUACUCGAUAGACUCUCCCCCUAUAUUGAAAAGAAUGAGCAAUACCUGGGUGGCGAUUUCUGGAGCGAGCAUGUGCAGAAGGCUUGGAAGGAGAUAUAUCGUGCCAUGAAAGAAGCAGAAACAUACCUCAAUCACUGCUCAACUGAUAGCUCCCGGAUUAAAUGUUUUAUCCUGGCCAACAAAGGUGAGGCCUUCGCCAUACACAUGCACGACCUUGCUUGGUCUCUUCUUUGCUUAGAUUUAGCCCUUUGGUGCCCCAUCGAAGAAGGGAAUGAUGCAUUCUACAUUAGAGUAUUCCACAACAGAAUCAUUUUUUUCUUUGCAGAAAUGUCUGAAUUGUAUUUAGAACAAUUUGGCCUUAAGUUCCAUGACUACUGGCACCUACUCAUGGCUUGUAAUCAAACGGCUGCCAAGGCUUGGCCUUUUGAACAUAGAAAUAAAAUUGGGGUUUCACUGUUCAUGGAGAGAAAGCUGUUAGAACUUAUAAGGAUUGAAUGUAAAAUUGAAUCUGCAAAUGGUAUACCUACGUGGCUGCAGAUCCCUGCUAAAGAUUUAAUCAAAAAGAAAAUUAUAGGAGAGGGAGCUUUUGGGCAAGUGUACGAGGGGUCAUGGCUGGGGCAUAAGGUUGCCAUAAAAGACAUUCCAAUUGAUGCUCGUGAUCUGUUUGGCACGGAGACUGCAGUUCUUUGCAAGCUACAGAGCCCUUUCAUUGUCCAGUUGAUAGGAACAUGUGUUGAGGGAAACCAUUGUUAUAUUGUAAUGGAAUUAGUCAGCUCCAGCUUGGACAAAUUACUUACGAAUUCUGGAGGCAGGGCACCCCUGGCGCUGCCUGUAGCAGUGGAUAUGAUGCUUCAAAUUUCGAGGGGAAUGGAAUACCUUCACAGCCAUGGGAUCAUGCACAUGGAUCUCAAAGCUUCUAAUGUUCUCAUACAACCCUCUGCAGUUCCAGAAUUUAGAAAGCAAAGUUACGGGCGAGUUAAGCUCUGCGACUUUGGAAUGGCCAGUUUGAGGCUAUCCAGUUUCCGGUGUGAAGAUCCCAAGGGAACCUGUUACUGGAGAGCGCCCGAAGCUUUUCCCUUGCCAAUUGAAGAAUUGGUGCAAGAAAUUGAUACUCUAAAAGAAUAUACCCAUAAAGCAGAUGUAUACAGCUUUGCCAUGACUUGUUAUGAGAUUCUGACGGGGAAACAGCCUUUCCUUGGUGUACAUCCCAAAAAUUUGUAUCGAAUGAUUGUGCGAGGCGAAAGACCGAUUUUGCAGCGCACCCAAUGUCCAGCUGUGUUAGCUGAUUUCAUAGUAAAGUGUUGGGAGACAGAUCCAAAGAGUCGUCCUUGUUUUGCACAAAUUUCUACUUUUAUGAGGAACAUGAAGUUAUUUAUACUGAGAUCGAACGAUACUAGUGACUGGCUUGCAAAAUCCGACGGGUAUUUAUACCCACCUGAACCUGAGGUGUUUUCAGAACUUGUGAUGGCCAAGAAAGAAGAAUUUGAUGAAAGCCCUGAAGACGAGAAACUGAGGUCGAUAACUAGGGUUCUUCACAUCAUUCCCCCUGAGAUAAAAAGAAGAUACAACAUUAUAGAAGUGGCCGGGGCAAUGCUUUCAGAAAAUUCGGAUGUAGGAAAAGAUCAACCCACUCUUGUGUUCCCGAAUAUAAGGGGUCCAUUUAAUCUAGAUGAUAUUUUUCAAUCUGGUAUGGAAGUCUUGGGAAAGGGCAGCUUUGGAACUACAUAUAAAGCUAAUUUGCAUUCUCUUGUAGUCAAGAGAUCGUCACAGUACACAACUUAUGUGGGCGACAAGGGAUAUUUUGAACAAUGUUUACAAGCAAUAGGAAGGCUGAAGCAUACCAAUCUGGUGAGUUUAGAGGCUUGCUAUACUUCCAAAGAGACAAAGUUUCUUAUUUAUAAGUACCAUCCCAAAGGCAGCCUCUACUCUCUUCUACACAGUGAAACAGUACCAAAAUUUGAAGGGGAUGUGCUAAAGAUAGCGGUGGAUGUGGCGUUGGGGUUGGCGUUUGUUCACAAGUCAGGUAUGGUACACGGCAAUGUAAAAUCCUCCAACGUUCUGCUGGACGACAAUGGAGGAGCCUGUCUAGCAGAUUCUUGUUUGGCGGGUCUUGUGAAAAACUCAAGUGUUGCUAAGAAAUCCUGGGGUUACAUGGCACCGGAGCAGUACAAUAGCGGAAAAGGAUCUGAAAAAACAGACGUGUAUAGUUUUGGAGUUUUGCUCAUUGAACUUGUCACUCUGAAGAACCCUUCAUCUUUGCAUCUUCCCACGUGGAUUCUAUCCAUUAAGGAAGCAAAUUUGACCACCAAAGAGUUCCAUGUGAGGCCGACGAGGAUUUCUGGUGAAAUGCUUAAAGUAGCAAUGCGUUGUACAUCUCCCCACGUAGACACCCGUCCUAUGAUGAGGAAAGUGGUUGAAAUGCUUGUAAAUUUGGAGAAAUGCUACUGGUGGUGUCCUAAUGAUAAAAGAAUGGAUUACCUUUGCACGAGAAUUUCCUUUUGUUAGGCAGUCUUUACCAAAUGAUGCCUGCAUUAAGGAAAGUUCCGCGUCUCUAAAUCAACCAUUUUCUCCUUUAUUGCACAUUCUUACCCAAUGCUCUUUCCCAUUAACGAGGACAUGGGCAAACUUAAUGGAUGCGACACAAACUUUUACGAGUACUUAGCCUAUAUUAUAGUGCGUCUAUGAAUAAUACAAAUGUUUCUUAUAAUAUAUAUGUGGUCGUUCUCUGUUUUCGCUAUUUUAAUUAGGCCGAACGUGUUGGGUCAAUCUACAACAAUGAGGUCAAACCUUUGUCGUCAUGCAU